GAUGUGAGGAAAAUGAAAUAGGUGCGUCCUGCUACAGUAUAAAUGAGCCGCUGCAGUCUGUACAGUGCAGGCUCCUCGCUAAGCUGCAGAUGGGUGGAUCAUAAAUUCAGACAGCACAGUGAAACUUCUCUGGAUCUACUCAACACCAUGGCUAUUGAGGAUGCUGAAGUGGAGGACACUGUGGCCUUCCCUAAUCAUUUGUACAGCCACGCAUCCAGAGCAUCAGCUGAGGAUAAACUUCAUUUCACAGUUCAGGUUCUGGAGGAGGCGGCUGCCCUGUUUGAGGAGGAUCACAGCAAUGCUUCAUGGGAGGAGAACACAGUGGAGAACUUUGUCAAUGUUGUAAACCAGCAGGCUGACGGCCUUCGCUCCUGUACUGGGAGUCACGGCCACAAGAAGAAGAACAAGAAGCUGCACAUGUAUUUCAAGAGACUGUCGAGUCACGUCCUGAAGAAGAUGAGCCACAGUGCUGAAGCCUGGGAGCUGAUCAGGAAGGAAAUCAGGACCCAUCUGAUGAGAGCAGACCAGCUGGUUUCAUCUCUGCUCACCGAGUCAGAUUAA